UUCCGGCGAUGGGCCACGCCGGGGGCUGGCCGUCCCGCGGCGUCCUCCAGUGCGUGAGAGCCGGAGCUCCCGCCCGGGCGGAGCCGCGUUUCCCCGCCUCACCGGCUCUGCGCUGGAGCCGCGCUCGUGCGCGGGAGGCGGCGCCCUUGAGGGUGGCGAGACGACUGGCUGUCGGGCGGCGAGCGCGCAGGUGCAGGAUCAGCAGGCGCAGGUCCCCCGGCGCGCCGGGCAGCUCUUCGCCGACCACCCGACGCAGCGAGGGGCGGCGCCGGGCCCAUCCCUCCCCCCGGAGUCCGACUUCACCCCUGCUGUCCUGGGUCUCGCUGAAGCCUCGGACUCCCACUGGGAAGCAGAAGCAGCAGAGAUAGGAGAGGUCUUCGGUUCCCAGUAGAGCUGAAGCGUUUUCUUUGGAUCUAGGUGGGGAAAGAGGAGCGGGCUGUGACCCUGACCUGUUCUGAAGGGCCCAGCCUUGGGCUGAAUGGCAGCACCCCCACUGGGCCGUCUGGUGUUGACCCACCUGCUGGUGGCCCUCUUUGGCAUGGGCUCCUGGGCUGCCAUCAACGGGAUCUGGGUGGAGCUGCCUGUGGUGGUAAAAGAACUUCCCGAGGGCUGGAGUCUCCCGUCAUACCUCUCCGUGCUUGUGGCAGUGGGGAACCUGGGUCUGUUGGUGGUGACCCUGUGGAGGCGGCUGGCUCCGGGCAAGAGCGAGCGGGGCCCCAUCCAGGUGGUGCAGGCACUGGGCGUGGUGGGCACAGCCCUGCUGGCCCCACUGUGGCACCAUGUGUCCCCAGUCGCAGGGCAGCUCCACUCCGUGGCCUUCCUAACGCUGGCCUUGGUGCUGGCCCUGGCCUGCUGUGCCUCUAACGUCACUUUCCUGCCCUUCUUGAGCCACCUACCACCUCCCUUCUUGCGCUCCUUCUUCUUGGGUCAGGGCCUCAGUGCCCUGCUGCCCUGUGUGCUGGCCCUCGUGCAGGGCGUAGGCCACCUUGAAUGUUUGCCAUCUCCCACCAAUGGCACCCUUUGGCUCCCCCACGACUUCCCAGAGCGUUUUCCUGCCAGCACCUUUUUCUGGGUGCUGACCGCCCUUCUGGUCACUUCGGCUGCCGCCUUCCAGGGUCUCCUGCUGUUACUGCCAUCACCACCAUCUGCAUCCACAGCGGGUCCGGGGUCUGGCCUGCGGGCAAGAGGCCCGGGAGUGGAGGAGGAGGAAGAAGAGGCCUCACCACUGCAGGAGUCACUGAGCCGAGCCACAGGCGCCACUCCCAGCCCAGAGCCUGAGGCCCGUCGGCUGCUCUCUGUGCAUGGUGCCUGCCUGCUGGGCCUGCUGGCCGUCACCAACGCGCUGACCAAUGGUGUGCUGCCUGCCGUGCAGAGCUUUUCCUGCUUGCCCUACGGCCGCCUGGCCUACCACCUGGCAGUGGUAUUGGGCAGCGCUGCCAACCCCCUCGCCUGCUUUCUGGCCAUGGGCGUGCUGUGCAGGUCUCUGGCGGGGCUAGCUGGUCUCUCUGUGCUGGGCAUGCUCUUUGGGGCCUACCUGAUGGCGCUGGCAGUCCUGAGCCCUUGCCCACCGCUGGUGGGCACCUCUGCAGGGGUGGUCCUUGUGGUGCUGGCGUGGGUGCUGUGUCUGGGCGUGCUCUCCUAUGUGAAGGUGGCCGCCAGUUCCCUGCUGCACGGUGGCGGCCGUCCGGCACUGCUGGCAGCUGGUGUGGCCAUCCAGGUGGGCUCCCUGCUCGGUGCUGUCGCCAUGUUCCCUCCCACCAGCAUCUACCACGUGUUCCGCAGUGGAAAGGACUGUGUGGACCAGUGUGGCCCCUAAGCCUGGGCAGAUGGGGAACGUGACGUCAGGCUGAGAUGCCCCAGCGCCCCAGUGCCCACGACCCAAGGAGGCCCUCCUCACUUGCAGGCUCAUGGAUGCCUGUACACUCCACAGCAGAUGCUGGUCAGGGUGGGGACCACAGAACAGUCCCAGAACCAGGGCCCAGCUAGGGCUGUGAACUUGGCCCAGAUCUGGAGCCUGUGUGGGGCUUGCACAAUAAAUCACUGUUACUCCA